UGCUUUACCGUCCACAUCAACCUGCAUUCCACUCAAGGUAUACAACGCUUUCAAGAUGGCUUCUCCUGACCUUGCUGCUACUUACGCCUCCCUCAUCCUCGCUGAUGAGGGUCUCGAGAUCACUUCCGAGAAGAUUGUGCAGCUGACCACUGCAGCUGGCACACCGAUUGAGCCAAUCUGGGCCACUCUGCUUGCCAAGGCUCUGGACGGAAAGAACGUCAAGGAGAUCUUGACCAAUAUCGGAUCCGGAUCUGGCGGUGCUGCCGUUGCUGCUCCAGCUGCUGCUGCCGCUGGUGGCGCCGCCGCCGCUGCUGACGCACCUGCCGCUGAGGAAAAGAAGAAGGAGGAGGAGAAGGAGGAGUCUGACGAUGACAUGGGUUUCGGUCUCUUCGACUAAGCAGAAGUACCAUACAAGUGUCUGGGUCCACCUUCUCAAAACUUGCGGCAUUCAAUCGAGUGCCUUGUAUUCUCUCAACCCUUCUCGCUCGUGCUCGUCACAUUGCGCACUUCACCAACCAACACGCACGCACUCACACCAUGCAAGCUAUGGCGUUCUGCUAUUGGUUGACCGUUUGAUAUCAAGCCGUGAAGUCUAGCGAGAUUCGCGGGAGGCAAGAGAGGAGGACAAUAGCUGCCGUGUAUCAAGAGUCCGUUUGGGUUCCGCUCCGGGACGUGCGAGAAUCUUGAGAAGGCUUCGCGUUGAAAUAUGGUCGCAGAUUGACUUGAUGGGUCGGAACAAAAAUUGCCAUGAGUUCAUGGGGUGGGGGGCGCAAGCACGGGACGCGGGGCAGG